GAUGCCCUUCAAAAGGUUCUGUCCCUGACCUGCUCGGUCCCACUCAGCCAGGCUAGUUGAGCACGACGGACCACGGCAAGCUCCUCUCGACAACAUGGGACUCACACACGACCCCAACUUCCAGAAGCUGCAGCACUGGUACACAGCCCAUGCCUUGAACCUCAACAUGAGGCAUAUGUUCGAUGCUGACAAGGAGAGGUUCAACAAGUUCAGCACAACUCUGAAGACGGAAGAUGGCGACAUUCUGCUGGAUUACUCCAAGAAUCUCAUCACUGAUGAAGUCAUGAAGAUGUUGGUUGAUCUGGCCAAGUCAAGAGGAGUGGAGGCUGCCAGGGAGAAGAUGUUCGCUGGAGAGAAGAUCAACUUCACUGAGGGCCGUGCCGUGCUCCAUGUGGCUCUGAGGAACCGCUCCAACACUCCCAUCAUGGUUGGUGGCAAGGAUGUGAUGCCAGAAGUCAACAAGGUUCUGGAGAAGAUGAAGGGCUUCUGUCAUAGAGUUCGCAGCGGUGAGUGGAAGGGCUACACAGGAAAAGCCAUUACAGAUGUUGUCAAUGUUGGCAUCGGAGGAUCUGACCUUGGCCCACUCAUGGUCACUGAAGCUCUGAAGCCUUACUCGAAGGGCGGGCCUCAUGUGUGGUUUGUGUCCAACAUUGAUGGGACCCACAUCGCCAAAACCCUGGCUCAACUCAAUGCUGAGACGACUCUCUUCAUCAUUGCAUCCAAGACAUUCACCACCCAAGAGACCAUUACCAAUGCUGAGUCUGCCAAGGAGUGGUUCCUCGAGCAUGCAAAAGACAAAGCUGCUGUUGCCAAACACUUUGUGGCACUCUCCACUAACGGCCCCAAAGUGAAGGACUUCGGCAUUGACACAGAGAACAUGUUUGAGUUCUGGGAUUGGGUUGGUGGUCGUUUCUCCUUGUGGUCUGCAAUUGGAAUGGCCAUUGCCCUGCACAUUGGCUUUGACAACUUUGAGAAGCUUCUCUCAGGCGCUCACUGGAUGGACAACCACUUCCGCACUGCCCCUCUGGAUAAGAACGCUCCCAUUCUGCUGGCUCUGCUGGGGAUCUGGUACAACAACUUCUUCCACGCUGAAACCCACGCAAUGCUGCCCUAUGACCAGUACAUGCACCGCUUCACCGCCUAUUUCCAACAGGGUGACAUGGAGUCCAAUGGAAAGUACAUCACUAACCAGGGGUCACGUGUGAACUACCACACUGGACCAAUUGUCUGGGGAGAGCCAGGAACAAACGGACAGCAUGCCUUCUACCAGCUCAUCCAUCAAGGAACUCGCAUGGUGCCUGCUGACUUCCUCAUCCCAGCCCAGACCCAUCACCCCAUCAGAAACAGCCUGCACCACAAGAUUUUGCUGGCCAACUUCCUGGCCCAGACAGAAGCUCUCAUGACCGGCAAGACCACAGAGGAAGCCAGGAAGGAGCUGGAGGCCAGUGGCCUGAGUGGAGAGGCUCUGGAGAAGAUCCUCCCACACAAAGUCUUCCAAGGAAACAGGCCAACCAACUCAAUCAUCUUCAAGAAACUGACACCUCACACUCUCGGAGCACUUAUUGCGAUGUAUGAACACAAAAUCUUUGUCCAGGGUGUAAUGUGGGAGAUCAACAGCUUUGACCAGUGGGGAGUCGAACUGGGCAAACAGCUGGCAAAGAAGAUUGAGCCUGAGCUCAAGGAUAAGACAGAAGUUCACUCCCACGACUCCUCCACCAAUGGACUCAUCAACUUCCUGAAGAAAAACUUUGCCUAAGAAGCUCCAACAACGUCCAGCACUACCCACCUCAUCAGCUCACGAGUGUGUCCUAGCUGCAGGAGACUCACAGAAGCAGCUGGUCACUCCCACGCAGUUGAGCAGAAGCACUUUUUAUGUUUAUACUAUCAUUAUGAGUACCGUGACUGUCUACAGUGCCAUCUUUUCUAUGUUUGUGAGUUUACCACUGUGAAGGGAAAAGCUGCUGUGUUUGAGCACCGUGGAAGGAGGUGGGGUGAAUAUGAUCUCAC